AGCUCGUACCAUGAUUUAUCCGAAUUUUCCCGAAUUUUCUAACUACGCAUAGGCUCGAGGCAUAUAGGCCUAAGCACGCAAACGAGUUGGCCGAGUACUACAAGACUCUGAUAAUUGACACUCAGAUAGACAAUAAAACAUCUUAGCAUAAACAUGUCGGUUGUGAAGGCAGGAUACCUGAAACGUUUUAGUAAGAGCCUAUUACAUGGGGGAUGGAGAGACACCUGGGCAGUUCUUUAUGACAACAGUGACUUGUGCUUGCACAAACAUCAACAUGACUCCAACUUAAAGGCUAGAAUUCAUCUGAGGGAUGUGUGCAAGAGGUUUGCCUAUGGCCAGUAUACCAACACUUUCCCAGACAGACCUCAUCUUCCAGGGGGUACAUCCUAUGACAGUCUGCUGGCCAUCCCUCAGAAAAACAACAGCAGGUGCAAGGUCUUCUGGCUGCUUUGUCAUGAUCCAAAUGAACUCCAAGAAUGGAUGAGUGCAAUUUGCCAAACUCUUCCCUCUUCCCCAAGUUCACAAUGGCAACAAUCUAAUGCACUGCCCCCUUACAGUGAAGAUGCAUCCAGAGGUAUUGGCUUUGGUGGAGUGUCAGGAGGUUAUCAUGGUGGACGUGAUCCUUACCCUCAACAACCUGGUCUUUCUGGUGUAGGACAUUCCCCACAAGGAUACCCUCAGCAGCCCAAUCAGCCAUAUCCUCAGUAUCAACAGCAGCCACAUGGUUAUGCACCACAGCAAGAGCAAAAGAAACGCAAGGGAAUGCUUGGAGGAUUGAUGGGAGGGAAAGCGGGGAAAAUGGCUGCAGGUCUGUUAGGAGGGGCAGCUCUUGGCUAUGGAGCCUCGAAGAUACUAGGUCAUGGAUUUGGAGGAUGGGGACUUGGUCGCCAUGGUAGUUGGGGCUCCAUCAGUAGCUAUGGUAGCGCUGGUAGUUUUGGUAGUUUCGAUUGAACCAGGAACAAUGGCAGGGUGUUAUUACAUACAUGAAUUAUUAUUAUAUUAAUCAAUGUUUUGCAAUAUUUUGGGUUAUGGUAAAAAUAGCAUGAUUAUGAAAAUAUGAAUGUAUAACACAAUCUACCAUGUUUUAUGCAGUAUACUACAAAUGUGCAAAGAAUUUCACAAAUCAAGCUAUGUAGGAGUACUGAUAUUCUGCUUCUUUUAAUUUAGUGUUUUAUGAACACAUUGUUUUACAUGUUAUUUAUUAUAUUUUUGGUUAGGGAGUUUUACAUGUUAUUUAUUAUAUUUUUGGGUUAGGGAGUUUUACAUGUUAUUUAUUAUAUUUUUGGUUAGGGAGUUUUACUUGUUAAAUAUUAUAUUUUUGGUUAGGCUGGUAAUGAAAAGUAUGAUAGCUGAAUUCUAAUGAGGACAUGUAGUGCUGUUUUGGAAUUAUUAUUUUUUAUCUUUUGUUAUAGUCUUAAUAACAAAAUUGUAUGAGAGUUCACCCAGCUGUGAAAGGAUACCAGCUUCAACUUGUUGUUUGGUAUCGUAGAAACCUCUUGUGUGAUGUAUUUUCCAAGCUAUUUCAUCACGAUAAUUAGCAGAUCAUUAUAUUAUAGUCUAUUAAUUUGAAGUGUAGCAGUCAGUGUAAGAGGGAACUUAUACUGUCUCGCUAGUGAGCUAGCUUUUCUAGUGAUGUGGUAGAGUGUCUCUCUUGAUCAUGCAAGUUAAGCAAUGGCAAGCAUGAUCAGCCCUUGGCUGGGUGACAGCAACACGUUACAGAAGUUUCCUUGCUGAAUUUAUGAAAAUAAAAUGCUUAACACUUUUUUGUACAGGCCACUUUAUGUACAAAAUGGGUAAUAAAGUGCUUCACACCUUCUAUGACAGCAGUCACAGAGGUGUGAAAAAAUGACAGGAUUUUGACAUCAUAAUACAUAAAUUUUGUAUCUUGAGCCAUUAUGAUAAUGAUGUGAGUCUACAUUGGUUGGUGUCUCAUCCAGGAGUUGAUGAGCUCUUACCUCUGUGAUGCCACAGAAACGAUAUGCAAUAGUACAGAUUUCAUUAGUCAACAUAGUUGAGGAGGGACUUAUUUUUUCAAGUCGGAUUUUCAAUAUUUAGCAAAGUUUUUGACAGAGAAUAAUAACGUAUUUUUCAUUGAGUGUUCAACACAUCAGAUGUAAUGUGUGAACCUACAUGUAUAUGAUUUUUAAUAUGAAUUGUUGACCAGAAUGAUAGGAUAAGAGUAUGAGCCACAUAUUACUGUCAUGUACAAGACUGAUUGCAAAUAAUUUUCAUCAAUUCAAAGAAAUUGUAUUAUAAGGAAUUGUUAUUUUUAUUUUAUUUGACUUUUGCUUAUUUCUAAAAUUAUGCUUCCCCCAAACUUUUGAUAUGGAGUAAUGUUAUCAUUCCGUAGUUUACAUGUACUUAAAAUUUGCACAAGCUUUGUGGCCAUAUAUUUUCAAUAAACUAUACGAUUGAAAUUCA